ACGAGUCUUCCAUAUUUCUUCUUUGAGACCUACCCAAGGGUCGUGGCUGGAACGUUCCAGCAAUUCCUUUCCAGCUAGCAGGUCGUGCUCUCUAUCCUGGGCACCUCAGGGCCUCACAGUGGACUUGGCACACACCUGCUUGUGGAUCUUCAACUCAAGAAAUUUGACAGGAGGGUGUCAGGGAUUUCUGGCUUCCCAAAAACUUGGAUAAGAGCUCUUUCCCCGUGUGUCCUGGCAAGCUGCACUUGACACUGUUGUGAGUUCAAGAGAAAGAGCUGCAGGGCAACAGCGAAGCCAUGGAAUAAGAGAUGCCUAGCCGGCAGGCCCACUGGGUUGACAGGCCCACUGGGGGCUGACCACUGGCUCGCCUGGAGGGGACUCAAGGAAAGACGAGCUAUUUUCUAUUGAAAGUUCAAGUCCAUCAGGAUGCAGCUGUUCUUGCUUGUUCUGUUGCUGGUAGUUUUUAGAUUUAGUCGUGUUGGUCUCUCAGCACCCCAGCGCUGGAAUUAUACUGAAUCUCCCCUGGAAGAUGGGACUAAUGCUUGUGCAGGUCCUGCACCCUUCUUAAUUUUCUCCCACGGAAAUAGUAUCUUUAGGAUUGACCCGGAAGGAACUAAUUAUGAGAAACUGGCGGCUGACGUGGGUGUAUUGGUGAUCCUGGAUUUCCAUUACAGUGAAGAAAGACUUUAUUGGGUAGAUUUAGAAAGACAACUUUUACAAAGAGUUUUCCUGAAUGGGACAAGGCAAGAGAAAGUAUGUGAUAUAGAGAAAAAUGUUUCCGGAAUGGCAAUAAACUGGAUAAAUGAAGAACUCAUCUGGUUAAGUAAACAGGAAGGAAUCAUCGCAGUAACAGAUAUGAAUGGAAACAAUUCCCAUGUUCUCUUAAGCGCCUUAAAACAUCCUGCAAACAUUGCAGUUGAUCCAGUACAAAGGUUCAUAUUUUGGUCUUCAGAGGCACCUUGCAGCCUCCACAGAGCAGAUCUCAAGGGCAUGGGAGUGAAGACACUGUUGGAGACAUCAGGGAAGAUAGUUGCUGUGUUUCUCGAUGUGCUUGACAAAAGGCUCUUCUGGACACAGGACAGUGGUUUGGGAAGCACUUCCCAGAUUUGCUCCUGUGAUUACAAUGGAGGUUCCGUCCACAUCCACAAACGCCUUACUCAGCACCAUUUAUUUUCAAUGUCCCUCUUCCGUGACCGUAUCUUCUACUCAACAUGGAAAAAGAACACAAUUUGGAUAGCCGACAAGCACACGGGGAAGGACAUGGUCAGGAUGCACCUCCGUCCAUCACAUGUACCACCUGGUGGAAUUAAAGUCCUGCACCCACUUGCCCAGCCCAAGGCAGAGGCCGACACUUGGGUGUCUGAUCAAAACCUCUGCAAACCGAAGAGCAGUAACUGCAGCGACAGCAUGUGCGGGCAAGACCCUGAGGCCCCCCGGGGCUCGUGUGCUGAGGGCUAUGCUCUGAGCUGGGAUGGGAAGUCCUGUGAAGAUGUCAAUGAGUGUGCCUCGUGGAAGCAUGGCUGUGCUCUCGGCUGUGAGAACACCCCUGGGUCCUACUACUGCACCUGCCCUAAGGGCUUCAUUCUGCUUCCUGAUGGGAAACAGUGUCACCAGUUAGUUUCCUGCCCAAGCAAUGCAUCUGGAUGCACUCACAACUGUCUGCUGACACCACAUGGCCCCAUGUGUUUCUGUCCUGAAGGCUCAGUGCUUGAGGCAGAUGGAAAAACAUGUUCUGGGUGUUCAUCACCUGAUAAUGGUGGAUGUAGCCAGCUCUGCCUGCCUCUCAGUCCGGUAUCUUGGGAAUGUGGUUGCUUUCCUGGGUAUAACCUGCAACUGGACAAAAAGAGCUGUGCAGCUUCAGGACCGCAACCAUUUUUGCUGUUUGCCAAUUCUGAAAAUAUCCAACACAUGUGUUUCGAUGGAACAGAUUAUGGGAUCCUGCUGAGCCAGCAGAUGGGGACGGUGUUAGCCCUGGAUCAUGACCCUGUGGAAAAUAAGAUCUAUUUCGCCCACGCAGCCCUGAGCUGGAUAGAGAGAGCCAACCUGGACGGUUCGCAGCGGGAGCAGCUCAUUCAGGAAGAAGUAGGUGUGCCCGAAGCACUUGCUCUCGACUGGAUCAACCGCAAAUUAUACUGGACAGACAGAGGGAAAUCUCUCAUUGAAGGGAGUGAUUUAAGUGGAAGACAUCGUCAAGUCGUCAUUAAGGAGGACAUCUCCCAGCCACGAGGCAUUGCUGUUCAUCCCAGGGCCAAGAGAUUAUUCUGGACCAAUGUGGGGACUCACCCACGAAUUGAAAGUUCUUCCCUUGAAGGCUCUGGCCGAAGGGUCAUCGCCAGCUCUGGUCUGGUCUGGCCCAGUGGACUGGCCAUCGACUACCUGACCGACACGUUGUAUUGGUGCGAUGCUGAGCAGGCUGUGAUAGAAAUGGCCAAUCUGGAUGGUUCCAGACGCCAAAGACUUCCCCAGGAUGAUGUAGGCUACCCCUUUGCUGUGGCUGUGUUCGAGGAUCACCUGUGGUUCUCUGACUGGACCCGGCCAUCGGUGAUCAGGGUGAACAAGAGGACAGGAAAAAACAGGGUGCGUCUCCAAGGCAACAUGCUGCAGCCCUCGUCUCUGGUUGUCGUUCACCCUCUGGCAAAACCAGGAGCAGACCCCUGCUUACACCAGAAUGGAGGCUGUGAACAUGUUUGUGAACAGAAGUUUGGGACCGCUCGGUGUUUGUGUCGGGAAGGUUUUGUGCAAGCCCCAGAUGGGAAGGCAUGUGUGGCACUGAGUGGACCCCAGCACCCAGCAGGUAGCGAAGCAGAUCUCAGUAACCCAGCAACACCGUCGGGCAUCUUAUUCAUGGGUGGAGAGCCAGGAGAUAACAUUGCGGAAUCUCAGCAUGAACUUGUGGCCGAAAUCAUGGUAUCAGAUGAUGACGACUGUGGGGGGUGUGGCCCCCACGCUCUGUGUGUUUCUGAGGGAGAGAAUGCCACGUGCCAGUGCUGGAAGGGGUUCGCUGGAGACGGACACAUAUGUUCUGAUAUAGAUGAAUGCAGGGAUCCUGUCACACUGUGCCCCCCCGCCGCCUCCACAUGCGUCAAUACGGAAGGCAGCUACGUGUGCCGCUGUUCAGAGGGCUACCACGGAGACGGGGUCCACUGUGUGGAUAUUGAUGAGUGCCAACUGGGCACACACACCUGUGGGGAAAAUGCCACCUGUACCAAUACAGAGGGAAACUACACCUGCAUGUGUGCUGGCAGCCUCUCUGAACCUGGACAGAUGUGCCCUGGCACCACCUCUCCCCCUCCUGUCACAGAACGGGGCAGCCAUUCUGUGAGAAAUUUCUACCUGGACUGUCCCGUGUCCCACGAAGGAUACUGCCUCAACGGUGGCCUGUGUAUGUAUUUUGAAAUAAUCCACGAGUACGCAUGCAAGUGUCCUGUUGGCUAUAUCGGGAGCCGAUGUGAGUACAUGAACAUCUGGGACAUGCGCCGCGCUGGCCACUGGCAACAGCUGGACGUCACCUUGCUGGUUGUGUGCGUGGUGCUGCUGGUCUUGCUGCUCCUCCUGGGGCUGGGGGGUGCGUACUACUACAGGACUCAGAGGCAGCUGAUGAAAACUCCAAAGAAUCCUUAUGAGGCCUGGAGCAGAGAGAGUCAGUGCGGCCAGGCUCCUGGAGGAAGUCUGGAUGUGUACAGUGAGCACCCAGCAGGGCCCCCACCUCCACCACCCAGUGAAACAGGCUGCCCCUCGGGUGUCGUCCCAUCUCCCCAACAUGGGGCUCCUGGGUAUUGCACAACACACUGUGGCAGCCAAGUCCCCCAGAUCCAUCGCACCAAAUGGAUCUGAUCCACUGGGAACUGGAGCAAAAAGAAGGGCCAAGCAGAACCACCUGUAUUGACCCCGUUAGCACUUCAUUUCAAGAAGCAGAGAUUGAUUUUCUGAUUCUGUACACCUACUCGGUGUCCCCGAGACAAAUCUGUGGCUGUGCUUUUGUUUCUCCCUUCAGUCCUUCUGCAGAGUUGAAGAAGACUAUCCUGGAUAAUCACCAGCUCACUCUUUACACAGCAAGGAUGGAAAUGAUCUGUAAACUGUGUCAUCCUCAAUAGUCAGAAUUUUUUUUUUUGUAGCCUCAGAAAAAAUCUGGGGCUAAAAGCAGGUGAUCACACUGGUUGGGUCAGUUCUACUUUCUUUGAUCUGGGCAGAACAUUUAGCUCAAUCUCACAAACGGUGAGAGCAUUCAGUUUAUAGUUAUGAUACAUUAUAGGCUUACACUUAUCAUUUGUGUGAUCCACACUGGUAAUUUUGUAGUAAGUGAUGACAAAUGAAAAUGUGCUAAUUUAGAAACUGAUUUCUUUGGAAUUCUAUGACUUUUUCCUGUUAAAACCUUUGAAUGAAAAUAUUUCAAGGCAAACACUCCCUACCUAACAAGGGGCUUAAGAGAACACUUACUUCUUAAUUAGACAAGCAUAGUACAAGAUUACAGCCAAACUCAAUUAUUCUAAAAGUGCAAAAUGUCCGAUCAAAGCAUUAAAAAAUGAAUUCAGAUAUACAUUCAAAAGAUAAUGUAUGACCAAGUGGUGAUGAUAUAAUACAUGAAAAAUUGGUUAAUUAUUGAAAACAAGUUAGCAUAAUGCAACACAAUAAAAAAAUCAAAAAAGAAAUAAAGUUUUCAAUAAAAUUCAAUAUCUAGUGCCUCCCCUGGUGGCACAGUGGUUGAGCGCUGGGUUGCGAAGCUGCCCGCAGCCUCUGCAGCGCCGGUUUGAUAUCCGGCCACCGGCGAAGGUCCCUCAUGGCACGACAGACCUCUUCUGCCGUGCCCACUGCUCCCCUCAGCAGUGUACUUCCUCAGUCUGCCUGUUCUGCUCCCCGCUCUGGCUCUGGUGAAUUCUCUCACCCUCCCACACUUCUGACUGUACCCAGUGCUUGUAUAAAUAAAUACACAAAUCUUUAAACAAAUAAUAAAAUAAAAUUCAAC